UUUUGUUUAUGAUGGAAGCUUCUUCCUCUUUUUCCGACAAUGGAUUGUCUGCCAUUUCUGAUAAAAUCACCGAAACAGAAAUGGAAUUCUCUUAUGAAACCCAAAUAUUUGACAAUUCUGCUUUGAGGCAUCGAUGGGGGCCAAAUCAUGUUGGCGCAAAAAAAUUGGCAUCCAUGUAUGGGAGAGGGAAAAGAGUUCAAGAAUUGUUAUGUAUAUGGUUCGGCACUGCUCUUUUUUUACUCCUUUUUAUCUCCUUACUUCUUCACAUACAACAUAUACAAUUAGGAAAAAUUCUUUUUGCAGCUAUUUUUGGUGUUUUAGCAGCCGAUUUUAGUUCUGGCCUUGUCCAUUGGGGUGCUGAUACGUGGGGAACAGUGGACACAUUCAUUGGAAGGAAUUUUAUUCGUCCAUUUCGUGAACAUCAUGUUGACCCAACAGCAAUUACUAGGCACGACUUCAUUGAAGUAAAUGGUGACAAUUUUAUGUUAUGUAUUCCAAAACUUACACAAAUUGCUUGGCAACACUGUACUUCACUUCCUAAUGAAAAAGGAGAAUUAGAAGAAGUACUAGCUUGGCAUUGGUUUUGGUUUCUUUUCGGCAUUCAUAAAUGGUCGCACAGCUAUACUGGACUUCCUACUUGGGUUUUGGCAUUGCAGAGAUUCCAGCUGAUUCUACCUAGGCAUCACCAUAAAAUGCAUCAUAUUUCUCCUCAUGCUUGCCGCUACUGUAUAACAACUGGUUGGCUAAAUCCAUUACUCGACGCUGUAGGUUUCUGGCGAAGAUUAGAAUUUUGUGUUAGUACUUUAACUGGUUGGAAGCCUAGAGAUGAUGAUUUAAGAUGGGCCUUUAAAACAGAAUAA